AUGUGGCUUCUCAGCACCGACCGCGCAGAGCUGCAUUACUUCAUCUCCCCUGAAGCCGUGCCCGGAGGCUACGCUAUCCUCUCCCACGUCUGGACCAACGACGAAACCCAGUUCCACGACCUCCGUGCUGUCCAAACACGCUGCAAAGAAACCGGAGAAAACCCGCGCGACCUCGUCUCCUCCAAGAUCCGCCAAUUCUGCAUUCUUUCCGCGAAGCACGGCUAUACCUACGCGUGGGCCGACACUUGCUGCAUCGACAAGUCGAGUUCCGCCGAACUCUCGGAGACCAUCAAUUCGAUGUUCCACUACUACUCCCUCGCCGGUGUCUGCUACGCCUACCUAUCCGACGUCGCGGCCAAGGAUGGAAAGCUCGAUCAUGACGCAUUCGACAAGAGCCGCUGGCACACUCGCGGAUGGACGCUCCAGGAACUCCUCGCACCACGUCUCCUUCUCUUCCUUUCGCGAGAUUGGGAGACACUAGGGACCAAGGCUGAGCUGGCCGAGGCUCUGGAGGGCGCGACGAAGAUACCAGUGAGCAUCCUACAGUUUGAGGAGGAGAUACGGGAUGUCAGCAUCGCACAGCGGAUGUCUUGGGCAAGCCGAAGGGAAACGACGCGGAUUGAAGAUGAAGCGUACUGCCUCAUGGGGAUCUUCGAUAUCAACAUGCCGAUGCUGUAUGGCGAGGGCCGGAAGGCGUUCCAGAGGCUGCAGGAGGAGAUCAUGCGGACGUCGACGGACACUUCCUUGUUCGCGUGGGGCCUUUAUGGCAGCGCGUCACGCGACGAGGAGCAUCAUCACUUUGAGCCGUCGUCCUAUCUAUUGGCGCCGAGCCCUGGUAGCUUCGUCGACAGCCAUUCGGUGAAUUUUGAGCCUCACGCCGACUUUCCAGUCGUGAGUGACCAUUCUACAGCUUUCCGAGCUCGUUCUGACAUCGGUUUUAGGAGAAACGUGCCAUCACAUUCUCCAUUACUCCCUCUGGCGUGCUCGCCCACAUACCCAUCUUGGUGCUCCGCACCUGCACCAUCGUCUUCCUCUCCUGUACUGACUCCGUCUCAAAGCCUCUCGGCCUCUUCAUCACACCCUGCCCAUUCACCACAGAUCGCGCCCGCCCGCUCUUCCACACCUCCGUGCGUCGGCUCGUCGUGCUCGCCCCAGAGGACCUUCGCCCCAUCCGGGCACGAUUGGGCCUCGCCUCGGCGUCCAAGGGAUGGGAGUGGGCAAACAUACUCCUCGCACACCCCAUCCGGCCCCACACCGAAGCCCCCCGCCGCGCUCUCACGCAGCUGA